GACAAAAUGAUCCAAGUUCAUUUCACUAAAGAUGUUUUACCACUUUGUGUCGGCAGCGACUUUCACAACCUCAACAAGUUCAGCGAGCAGCAAUUUAUCCGCCUGGUGGAAAUACUCUUCCGGUUUUUGUUACAGCCUAAAGAGACAGAGAAGUUCAUGCAGCAGUUGAGUGAAUUUGCAGGAGAAAACAGGAUGAGUGUUGGCCCGCUGAAGAACCUCAUGAAGAGCAUCAUACUUGUGCCACAAGGUGCGAUGAAGAGGAACCUGACCUGUGAGCAGCUCAAAGAAGACUUGCAGACGUUAGGACUUGACGAGGACAAGGCCUCUCACUUUUCCCAACAGUGGGCGGAGCAUAGUGCAGCGCUGUCCAGAGUGGCGGUAGGACACACCCUGAUGGUCAACCAGCUGGUGGACAUGGAGUGGAAGUUUGGAGUGACUGUCGGCUCCAGUGAGAUCCACAAGGUCAGCAACAUCUUUCUGCAGCUGAAACUGGUGGUCCGCAAGGGGAAGUCCACAGAGAACAUCUACAUGGAACUGACACUACCUCAGUUUUAUAACUUUCUCCACGAGAUGGAACGAGCCAAAGCCAGCAUGGAUUGUUUCAGCUGAGUGUGUGUGUGUGUGUGUGUGUGUGUGUGUGUGUGUGUGUGUGUGUGUGUGUGUGUGUGUGUGUGUGUGUGUGUGUGUGUGUGUGUGUGUGUGUGUGUGUGUGUGUGAGUGUGUGUCGUCUGUGUGUGUGUUUGUGGGAGUGUGUGUGUGUGUGUGUGUCCGUGCGUGUGUAUGUUAAUGUGUGUGUGUGUGUGUGUGUGUGUGUCGUCUGUGU